UCCCCAAUAUCUGUCGUUUUUCUGUCUUGUCUCUUGUGUUGUGUGUGAUUCUGCGCUAAACUUUUGUUGAGAAUAAGUUUUAAAACAGUGUUAAAAGGUGUUUUGACUGUUAGAUUCCUUAAAUUUAAAAUGGAAAGUGACUUAAGUGACGAAGAAUACGAAGAUGGGACUGUUCGCGUGGUAAAAAAACGUAAAGUAGAAAAACGUGCACAAAAAUAUAAAUUUCAAUGGGAAGCCGAUUUCCCUUGGCUAAAGAAGGAUGAAACUAACGAUUUUAAUGCAAAAUGCACAGCGUGUGGUGUUGUUAUUGUUAUCGGAACAGGUGGCGUAGGUCAGAUAAAGCAACAUGAGAAUACUAAUACACACAAAAAAAGAAUGGAAAUUAAAAAAACAUCUGGGCUCUUAAGUAAAUUCCUGACAACUCCAUCUACAUCUAACACUGCAUGUCUCAACAAUAACACUGAGAAUGUUUCAGCGGCUGAGCUUGCCUUGACAUAUCAUGCUAUAAAACAUAAUCUUUCAUACAACAGUAUGGAUUGUCUAGUGAAAUUAAAUAAAAUUAUCUACGUUGACUCAAGCACAGCCACCAGCAUACGGUUAGGCCGAACAAAAAUGGAAGCUUUAGUGACUGAGGUGUUGGGGCCAUAUUCUCUUCAGGGUGUUGUGGAUGAUUUAAAAAAUGAAGACCAGUACUUCAGCCUUCAAACAGAUGCCUCUAAUAAAAAAAAUAUUAAGCUUUUUCCACUUGUUGUGCAAUAUUUUUCUGCAAAGAAUGGUCUUCAAACUAAGUUGCUGGAUUUCUAUGAAAAUAUUAAUGAAAGUGCAGAUGGCAUGUUUAGUUCUAUAAAGGAGUCAUUAGCAAACCUGGAUUUGACUUUUGAGAAUGUUUCUGGAUUUAGUGCUGAUAACACAAAUGCAAACUUUGGUGCUCGACAUUCUUUAUUUACUAAUAUUAGAGAGGAGGUCCCUGAUGUAUUAAAAGGCAAUUGCCAUGCACAUAUUAUUCACAACUGUGUAAAGCGUGCCAUGGAUUUCCUGUCUUAUGAUAUAGAAAACGUGAUUUUAAAAAUCUACAGUCACUUUGCUCAUUCAGCAGUUAGGAGAGAAGACUUAAAAAAAUUUGUUGAAGCUGCUGAUGGUUAA